AUGCAAGUGUUGGCCAUUGUUCACCGCAAUGUUGCCGACCGAGCCCAAGCUGAGCUGAUCGCGGUCAAGUUGGAGCUAGAAGACGAAUGCCGCCAGGUUGUGUCGCUCGAGUUCCAGCUGGCUGGCAAGCAGAAGAAGCUGGGAGAGGCUCAAAGGGCCUGUGCGGUCGCCAUUGAGCGGCAUGAAGAGUCUAUGACCAACAAUGAAGAACUGUGCGCCCAGCAAAUCAAAGAAAAGAAAGAAGCAGACGUGAAGAUUAGUAGGCUGCAGAAGGAGCUGGAAGACGAGCGUGCUAAGGCAAUGGAGGAGAGGGCGAGCCUGCAGAAGGAGUUGGAGGAAGAGAGGGCCAAGACAGCCUCUGAAAAGGCGAGCCUACAGAAGGAGUUGGAGGAAGAGAGGACCAAGGCAUCCUCUGAAAGGGCAGCAUACCCCGAUUUGUAUGUCGCAGCAAUAGAACAAUUCAAGGGGUCUGCUGAAUUUCAGAUAGCGAUCGAUGCCGCGGUCGCCAGCAGCGUGGCGAGGGAGGUGUCUGGGGAGGCGGGCUCGUCGGGAACGGCGGCUGGAGGCAGGACUGAAGCGGGAAAUUAUUGA